AUGGGUAAAAUUUGUGUUGUGAAAAGUUGUCCAAGUGGACGUAAAUCCCAAAACAAAAAAAAUAGUUCACCUCAGCCUCUUUCGUAUUUCCAACCAACAACACCGGCAAGAUUACAAAAUUGGAAAAUUUCGCUGGGUAUUGAAUUAAAAGCUACUGAUUACAUCUGUCAUCUCCAUUUUAAAGAGGAACAAAUAAAAAUGUACGAGAAACUGUACAUAAAAGGAGAGCUCAUAAUUAUGCCUUUAGGAAAAAAAAUACCUCUACCCUCCAUACUGUCUAUAUCGAGGUUCCCCACAAGCUAAUCUAUUUUUGAAAUAAUGCAACUCGAUUGGAAACUUUCCAUGUUCUUCUAUUACUAGUAAAAUUUAUCUAGUCACUUGUUUAGAGCUUUCAUUUUGUACUUA